AUGUCCCUGGUAGAUGUUGAACGUCCAAUAUCUGUCAUUCCACAGCAGCGGGGUCGUGAAUCCCCUGAAAUCAUCGACGUCGACCUGCUCGAUGUAGAAGACCAGGUGGCUCGCAUCAGGUCGAGACCACCUACCAGGAGAAGAAGGGUGUCGGAGAGUGGUCGUUCUGUGUCAGUCGAGCCAGAAAUCAUAACAAUAAACGACAGCGAUGACGAUAUACAGUUCGUCAGUGCCAGAUCUCACAGAGAGCGCCUUUUUUCUCCAUCUCCUCCUCCACAGCUUGCUGUGAUACCACCAGUUCCGCAGAUACCGCGCAGGUUUCUACCUAUGCGAAGAAGACCGCCUCCCUUUCCCACCGCCCCUGGCUUGGUGGUUCCCAAUGCCGAGCCUUUUCCAUUCGAAAGGACCAUCAGGCAUGCCCCUACGCACGUUGAGCAUCCUCAGGCGCUUGUUCCUCCACCUGCUGCUGCGCGGUCUCAUCACGUUCCCAUCAUGGGACUUGGCGGGGCACUGCUUCAACGCGCUAGAUCUGCCUUUGAGCAUCCCCCUGUACGAUCACAUAAUAACGACCGCCGCCGCCGAGUCUUCGGCAUUCCAGCGGAUGUUUUCAUGCAAUGGAACCCUCUAGACUUCUUUGGUCAUGAAGAAGACGAGCUGUAUGAUGAUGAUGGAUUCCGUCACUAUCGUGCUGCAGAUUUUUAUGACGAACCAGGCGAUGCGCUGAUGCGAGGCGACCUCCGUCGUUUCAACUCCCUAGGGCGACCUUCAGAACCUGAUUAUCAAACGGAGUAUACCCAUCCAACGAACCCUGCAUCUGGCUUUACGCAUGACUUCGAGUUAUCAUCGAUAACGUCUGCGCCUGUUAUCGACAUUGAUAGCCCUGGUUCCUCCAGUUCAAGCAGUAGUCGUCAUGGCGAGACUAUGCUUGCCUGUGCCUGGUGCCACGAUCCGUUGAUACUGGGAGCCACGGAUGUUGGCGAGGACAGAGCUAAGAGAAGAUUGUGGGGUUUGAGAUGUGGACAUGUUUUGGACGGAAAAUGUGUUGAGGAAUUGAUGAAGCCGAUACCUGUUAUCACCCCGGACUCGCUGGAAACCAAUGAUGUGAAAGGUAAAGGCAAAGCAAAGGAGGUAGAUGAUCCCAAGUUACCUAGCACCUACCCCACCGGCUCUUCGAAAGGUAAAGGCAAGGCGACGGAACCCGAUAUCUUUAAUAUAUUCCCUGAACCGGAAUUCCCCUCUAUUCGCUCACGUCUUCGUCCCCGUCCCCCCGUUCCACCGCGUCCGGCUGGAUCUUUGCCCGCUGGCCCUGGCCCGUCUCGCGGGCGACCUAGAGCUGCUCCCCGCACGUCUACGAAAGCGAAGGGUAAUGGGAAGGAUCGAGCCAAGGUUCUCAGUGUAGAAGCUGAAUAUGAAUGGACUUGUCCUGUUGGCGGAUGUGGACGUGUUCAUGUGAGUCAGCUCAUCAACGGGCAGUGGGUCAUGGAUGAGAAGAGAGGGGCUAUCACUGUCUUUGUAUGA